AUGAUUAUAAUUCAGGUAAUCUUGUGGAAGGUUCGAAAUGCUGCGAUUUUUGAUGAUAUUAUUCCUAAUAUUCAUCAGGCUCUUAGAAUGGUAUGGACUUCGAUUAGAGAAACUAAUUAUUUCAGAUGUGGCACUAUGUUUAAUUCUGUCUCUGAGCUGCAAAUUCUGAAAAUUCUUGGCAUUAAUGGGAUUGUUUCUAAAGCUCCUAAAAUAAUCCCAGUCUACUGGCAGCCUCCUCCAUGCAAUUGGAUUAAGGUUAAUACAGAUGGGUCGGCUUUAGGGGCUCCAGGACCGGCAGGUGCAGGCGGAAUUUUUCGAAACUCUGAUGGUCACCCUGUUGGAGCUUUCGCAGUUAACGUAGGUAAUGAUUUUGCUAAUGUCGCUGAGUUAUUUGCAGCAAUCAAUGCUGUAGAAAUUGCUUGGAAUAAAAAUUGGUUGUCUCUUUGGCUUGAAUGUGACUCUCAAUAUGUGGUUCAACUCUUCGUUUCGUCUGCUAUCCGUGUCCCUUGUUUAGGUUGUUAUGGGUCUUCAAAUUACCGAAGGCUGGAGUAUUUGAGAAAAGGAGGGACGUCCACUGCCAAUCAAAGGGUUUCCUUUAGUUGA